AUGUCGACUGAUGACUUGUCAUCAUCCCCUCCUCGCCAAUAUGGUAGAAUUGCCAGGCUUUCGAGCUUCCUACCUCUUUCUAGUAGUACCGACACGCAUCCAAUGACUACUCAUGGGCAGGGUGCUUUAAGCAGCUUGAUCAGAUCGCGUUCCAAUGCCUCAUUACAGUCGAUGCAUCGACGGCCGCCCUCUUUUCGGGCCCGAGAGGACGACGAAUUCCCACCGAGUCUAUUGGCAGGAAUUCGAAGGAACUCGGCCGAGUUCAAUGAUGCUGAGGAAUCUAGAUGGAACGCCACCGAGGAGAGACGAUUGAAUGAGAUUCUCUUUGGCCCGCAAAUGCGGAGCCAGAGACUUAUUGGGAAUAGCAAUCCUCGAUAUAGGUGGGAGAAGUAUUGGAAGACGGAGGAACAAUUGAAAAAGAUGAAAAAGCCAAUACGAGAGUACUACGAACGGACGAACAGCUUGGUACAGCAGUAUAUAUAUACCGAUCGUCUUCUAGAUUCGUCUCUACCCCACGAUCUUCUGAACGAGUACAAUGGCACGCCCUCUGAACGACCAGUAGGAACUAUCCUCCAGAAUGUUGAAGUUCCACCCACAAUCUCAGAGGAGCCUCGAAGUCUGAACUCCCCUGCAAGUGACUCCUCUCAAAAGCCAGAUGAUUUAGGAAAUCUUCCGAAAAAAAUCAAGCGGACUCCACGUGAGCUCUACAAGGUCGUCAACGACCAAACUCCGCUGCUAGCCACUGAGGAUGAGGAGAGUGGCCCAAAACCUAACAUCCCCGGAUUCGAGGAUGACAGCGUGGAGAGCGGCGACAAGAUCGUGCUGGUGGCCAUAUACAUCAAUCUUAUGGCAAACGCUCUGCUGCUGGCUGGAAAAAUCGCUGUGAUUGCACUCACAAGCUCGCUCUCGGUCCUAGCAAGUUUGGUAGAUGCUGCUUUAGAUCUUCUCAGCACAGGUAUCGUCUGGACUACAACGACGCUGAUCGACAGACAAGAUCAAUACCGAUACCCCGUAGGCCGGAGGCGCCUGGAACCUAUUGGAGUGCUCGUCUUCUCCGUCAUUAUGAUUACUUCAUUUUGCCAGGUAGGCCUACAAUGCAUCAAUAGGCUGACCUCUAAUGACCAUUCCAUCAUCGAGCUUGGCCUUCCAUCUAUCAUUAUUAUGUCCACUACGGUCUUCAUCAAAGCUUUAUGUUGGGUAUGGUGUCGUCUCAUUAAAAACUCGAGUGUUCAAGCCUUGGCCCAGGAUGCGAUGACGGAUGUGAUUUUCAAUAUCUUCAGUAUCAUAUUCCCUCUAGUCGGAUACUAUGCACAACUCUGGUGGCUCGAUGCCCUUGGUGGUCUCCUCCUCUCUUUAUACGUCAUUAUCAGCUGGGCGGAUACAUCAGCAGGGCAUAUCCGCAACCUCUGCGGUGCGGCAGCAACGGCUGAUGAGAGAAAUGUGUUGUUAUAUCUCACAAUGCGUUUCGCCAAGACCAUCAAGCAGAUCCAGGGCUUGCAAGCCUAUCACGCGGGCGACAAGCUCCAUGUCGAAGUGGAUAUCGUUCUAGACGAGAAUAUGAGUCUGAGAGACAGUCACGACUUGGGCGAGUCGUUGCAAUAUGUCUUGGAAUCGGUGCCAUUUGUUGACCGCGCCUUUGUGCACCAGGAUUAUGCGGGUUGGAAUCUGCCGACGCACAUGCAACAGCAAUCGGUGUAG